CGGAAAUUAUCAAAUAUAAAAACAAAACAGACACGUGUUUUGUAACAGCAGCAGGAUGAAGGAAGAUAUUCACGAAGCGUUCAUCGUACAAAAUGAAGAAAAAAAUUGUCCUCGAGGCAAAUCCAAAUCAGGGAGAGUGUGGAAAAGCGUUCGUACAGCAAGAUUUUCUGCAAUGAAGAAAGACAAAUGUUUGACAAGUUCUUGGGAGAGAAAAAUGAAGAAAAAGGCUGAAAUGAAGUCCAUCAAAGACUUUGAAAACCGUCUGAAGGACGAGAGAAAGCAAACAUUAGAGCUGAGAAGGAAAAGACGUGAAGAACACAAAAAGCGGCGUGAAGCCAAUGAAAAGAAGAGCGAGGUUGUUCAAGUGAUUAAGAAUACAGCCAAAAUCAAGAGAAUGAAAAAGAAACAACUUAGGAAAAUAGAGAAGAGGUGAAGAGUGGAUGUAUGAAGUAUGGAAGAUGUACAUUGCUGACACUGUCUGUCAAAUGUUACACUGCUGCUUGUCAUUAUUCAGCUGUUAAAACACCUUGAAUACUUAUUUCAUUGACAGGAAAAUGUCUGCUGUUGCUAAGCUACAGUCAUGGAAUAAUCCAGGCAUAUUAAACAGUGAUUUUUUAACAAAGUAACAACAUUGCAUCAGUUGGAUGUAGAUACCUGUUCACUGUACAUAUAAAUACAUUCUUGGCAUUUA